GUGAAGCCUCCCAUACAGAUGAGCGCUGAAAGCCACGCACCUCUUGACGUAUCCAUAAAGACCGGUUGCGGUGCCACACUCGGACUCCGUGCAGCACGUAUUGCGCAACGUGACGGAUGCUCAGUAGUGGCUCGGUACGGUGGAAACCACAAAAAGCGGUCUCUUCGGCGAGGAGCUGUGGAUAAAAACAGUCGGCAUACCGGACCAGAGGACCGGACCCUCCCCUUGUCAUCUGCCACAGGGAGAGAUGAGUCGAUCGGUGUGUCGCUCGUGAUGUGACUCAGUGUUAGACGUUUGUAUGUAUGGUGAACGGCAGCCUUUUAGGACUUCAUCCCUCAGAAAGGUGAAGACAAGGAGAAUUUGGCUGUUUUGUAUCUAUAUAGGGAGUGAUGAGAGCUUCAUUUGACAGCUCGCAGCCAACGCAGCAUUCGCGGCGUGAGCUCUGACCACAGCUGGAUUUGAUGAGCUACGUCCGUGGGUGCCGAACCUUGGAUAGAACCAGUGAGUGUGUCCUCCCUCGGUUUGGUAUAUUUUUUCUGAAUACAAUGUAAGCGCUAUAGCCUGCCGGAGGUAAGAGAGUGCUUUUCAAUAUAUAUAUACAUAUAUAUAUAUAUAUAUAUAUGUGUGUGUAUAUAUAUAUAUAUAUAUAUAUAUAUAUAUAUAUAUAUAUAUAUAUAUACAUAUUUAAGUGUUUUUUAAGAGAGACCGGCCUCUCUGCAGUUCAUUCCCCGUUCCUGGCCACGCGUCUUACCCGCCUGCCUGGGUGCAGUCAGCCGCCCCGCAUUUUCGUUAACUAUCCUAUAUGAAAGCUUACAUCAAAGGCUAAUUUACAUGAUUCAACUUACCUUCUGUGAAAUACACAGACUAUGUUGGGACUAAAUUAAUCGACGAGAAGUGCCGCGUCUAUGCGCCUCCGUCGCACAUCCCCGGAAAGGACUUCUUGCCACUGAGAGACUUGGAUAUGCAGAGAUUAACGUGAAAGGAUGGAUCUAAUUAUCGCUGUUUUGGGGCUGCUGGCGCUGAUCGUUGGAGGCAUCAGUUGCCAAGGAGUGUACGCACCUCCAACUGUCCGCAUCAUUCACUCUGGGCACGCCUGUAAUGUUGAAGAGGAGAGGCACACGGAGAGAGUGUACACCAUCAGAGAAGGAGAGACCCUGGAGCUUACCUGUCUGGUGACAGGCCAUCCUCGGCCACAGAUCCGAUGGACAAAGACAGCUGGCAGCGUGUCAGAUCGCUUCCAGGACUCCAGUGUGUUCAAUGACACUUUGCACAUUGCGAAGAUCCAGAGAACACAGGGGGGUCGCUAUUACUGCAAGGCGGAGAACGGCCUUGGUUCCCCAGCUAUAAAGUCCAUUCGAGUGGACGUCUAUUACCUCGAUAACCCGGUGAUUACGGUGCACCAGAGUAUAGGAGAAGCUAAAGAGCAGUUCUAUUAUGAGAGAACCGUAUUCCUGCGCUGUGUGGCCAAUUCCAACCCGCCUGUCCGCUACAGCUGGCAUCGUGGGAGGGAGGUCUUGACACAGGGCUCUGACAAGGGCGUGGAAAUUUAUGAGCCUUUUUUCACACAGGGGGAAACAAAGAUCCUGAAGCUGAAGAACCUGCGUCCUCAAGAUUAUGCCAACUACAGCUGCAUUGCCUCCGUCCGAAAUGUGUGUGGGAUUCCCGACCGCAGCGUUAUCUUCGGGCUCACCAAUAAGACAGCAUCUCCAUCUAUCAAACUGCUGGUGGAGGAUCCAAUCGUGGUUAAUCCCGGUCAGACCGUGUCCCUGGUCUGCAUCACCACAGGAGGGGAGCCACCCCCUAUCCUCACCUGGGUCAGCAGUAACGACACCCUGCCACAGAGGAGCGUAGUAAAUGGGGGCACACUCACACUUCCCGCCAUCACCUCAGAUGAGGCUGGGGUUUACAGUUGCGUGGCCAGCAACAAUGUGGGAAACCCAGCCAAGAAGUCAACCACCAUUGUGGUGCGAGCUUUGAAGAAGGGACGGUUCUGGAUCACCCCUGACCCCUACCAUAAUGAUGACAACAUCCAGAUUGGGCGUGAAGUCAAGAUAUCCUGUCAGGUGGAAGCAACACCCCCCGAGGAGCUGACAUUUAGCUGGUUAAAGAACGGCCGUGCCCUUCGGAGUUCAGAGCGUAUGGUCAUCACUCAGACGGACCCCGACAUCUCUCCCGGAACCACCAACCUGGACAUCAUAGACUUGAAGUUUACCGACUUUGGCACGUACACCUGUGUGGCUGCGCUGAAGGGUGGAGGCAUUCCAGAGAUCAGCAUUGAUGUCAACAUUUCCUCCACAACUGUCCCUUCUUUGUUUUUCUCUUUCUUAGUUCCUCCCAGCCUGACAGUCCCCCGGGGCAAGUCCCCCCUGGUAGCCCGUGAGGGUGACAUGGUGGAGUUGGAGUGCCUUGUUUCAGGGAAGCCCAAGCCCAUCAUCUUGUGGUCGCGCUCGGACAAGGAGGCGCCCAUGCCCGACGGCAGCAUGCAGAUGGAGAGCUAUGACGGCGUCCUGCGAAUUGUUAACGUUUCCAGGGAGAUGACAGGGUCAUACCGCUGCCAGACCAGUCAGUAUAACGGCUUCAACGUGAAGCCCCGGGAGGCUGUGGUGGAGCUGAUCGUGCAAUACCCUCCUACAGUGGAGCCUGUUCACAUGGAGGUCCGUCAGGGUCUGGGGAGGCCAGUGGUGAUGACCUGCAGAGUGCUGCGAGCUCACCCCUCUCGAGUGUUGCGGUUUGAGUGGCUGCUUUCGAACCGCCUGCUCCAUGCCGGAGCGUUUGACCCACACAAAGAUGAGACAGAGUACACAAUCCGCAGCCUGAAUCGUGAAGGCUGGGGCGAGUACACGUGCAAUGUCAUCAAUGAGGCCGGAACAGGCAAAUGCACGUUCCAGGUUACAGGCAAAGCUUACCCUCCAGAGUUCUACUAUGAUACCUACAGCCCUCUGUGGCAGAACAGACCUCGAGUCUACGGCUUCAAGCUGCAGUGGACCCAGAUGAACCCCGGUGCUGUGGACCGCAUCGUUGCCUACAGACUCGGCAUCAGACAGGUGGGCUUGCAGCGCUGGUGGGAGCAGGAAAUCCCUGUGGGAGAUACUAUCGGCAAAGGGGAGCUCAUGACACAUAACCUGACUGAGCUGAUAAAACCUGAAUCUUAUGAGGUCCGUCUCACUCCCAUCACUCGCUUUAGAGAGGGUGACUCCACCAUUCGGAUCAUCACCUACAGUGCUCCCAUCAACCCUCACCUGAGGGAGUUCCACUGCAGCUUUGAGGAAGAGCCAAUCUGCAUGUUUACCCAGGACAAAAACGAUGAUUUUGAUUGGACGAGGCACAGCGCCGCCACCCGCGACACAAAGUACACACCCAACACUGGCCCCAGCACCGACCACACUGGGUCUAAGCAGGGGUUCUACAUGUAUAUUGAGACAUCCAGGCCACGUAAGGAGGGAGACCAGGCACGGCUUGUAAGCCCCUUUUUCAACAUUGCACCCAAAAACCCGUACGGCAUCACGAACCCACCUGCCUACUGCUUUGGAUUCUUUUACCACAUGUAUGGAAAACACAUAGGAACACUUAAUGCUUUCCUAAAGCAAAAGGGCCAAAUGACCUUAGAGGCUCCUCUGUGGUCACUAAGCAGUAACCAAGGUGACCGGUGGAAGCAGGCCAAAGUAAGCAUCCAUCCAACAUCAUCCUUCCAGGUUGUUCUUGAAGGUAUCCGGGGACCAGGAAUCGAGGGGGACAUCGCCAUUGAUGAUAUCACACUAGAGGAAGGGGAGUGUCGAGACCCACCGCCCAAUAUCAGUGCCAAUGCUCUGUCCACAUCCUCCCAUAUAUGGCUGCUUUACGCCACCCUGGUUCUGACUCUCUUGGAAGGUCAAAGGUGACCCAGUUUCUUUGUCAUCGGGGAGGAGAGAGUUCAGACCCACUGUCUGUGAGCUAUACCCUCAACAUCCAAUCACCAAAGAGAAUUGAGAAUUCAUGCAUACUGAAAGCAUCAGGGUUCUUGGAAGGACCACAGACCACAGGGGGAGGGCAGGGUGGAGUUUAUGAAAGAAAGACAAGACAAAAAGUAAUAAAAAAUACAUGCUAAUUUUUCAUUUGAAGAGACCUCUUUUAUGUAAAACACUCCUUGAUGCAGGACUCGGAAUGAUUUUAUGAGCACAAGAAAGUGGAGUUCACAUGGUUUGAGGGAAACAGUUUGUGAAGCACAAGAAUCAUUUUGUGAAGAUGUGGAAAAAUCUCUGGAUGGUCGCAGAACAGACAAACGGCUGACUUUUACAAUUUUGAAUAAUGUUUCCCUCCUUUCAAAUAGGUGGUAUCAGACCAUUCUGUGUGUAUUUUUAUUUUCUUGCAGCAGAUGCCAAUCAUGAACAUUGUUUUCAGUCUAGCCCAGCCUCACACCACACUUUGGCAUUUCUUCAUCUGCUUGGUGCUGUUCUGUAGGGAAAUCUGGAAUCUGACAUUUAGUUCUGUCUGCUUAUUCCCCUGUAGCUGCCUACAUAUCUGAUAACACUGUGCUCACGAGUCCAAGUGGCCAACGGACAGUGUGCUGGCAGGGCAAAAAGGCAGAAAGAUCAGCAGAGUUGUACACAGCUGUUUAAAUUCAAGUUUAGUGAGCUAAAAUGAAAUUUCAAAAAAAGAAGGGAGAUGCCUUCAAAAGAAGGGUUUGCGAAAGACGAAACAGGCAGAGAGUAGAGAGAGAUCCGUUUACUUGUCUGCCUGUGGAAAAAGAAGCCACUUUACUUUCUGCCAUGAAACAAAAGUGCCUUCAGAUUACAAACCGAAUCGUGAGCCUGAGUGUUAAUCAACAUUGAACAAGUCUCUGUUCAUGUUUCUUUUGAUGGGCUAUUUUCUAUCGUUUCUUUCGCCCCACAAGUGCUGAUGGGAAGGCAACGCGUGCUCAGAGGGAGUGCAGAGGUUGAACUGCUCAGUGAAUAUCUUCCCCAUGGGACAGUUGCCUGUGACUCCAUGUGUGUGCACGAUACGCCUGAGCCGUUGCAUUUUUUAACAUGAAGGGCAGCCAAGCAGGCAGAGCGGGCUCCCACCCUUACCACACUUUCGGAAGCAAUGUGGAUGAAAACGAAAAAGUGAGGCUGAAGAUCUUUUUUUUUCUUUUUUUCUGAAAAAAAACGAUUCAAGAUCAAGCAAGUGGAUAAAGACAUCUCAAGGAAUGAAUAACCCACCCUCUUCUCAUAAUUCUCCUUCCCUGUGGGCGAGUAUUUUUUAACAAAAGAGAAGAGCAAUUGCUGAAUAAAACAUUGAGUUGUACAGGGAGUAAAAGCAAAAACUUUGAGACUGCAGGCUCUUCAUUAGGGUGAUACGUAUCGCCCGUCUCCACCACCAUUUAUAUGGAACAAUAUGAAAAUUGAAAAAAAGGAUAGUGACCAUAAUAAUAGUCAAGAUAUUUUAUUACUCUAGCGAGAAUGUUUCUCUGCUUUUACACAAACUGUGAAGAUUGACUGUGGAAGAUCUACCUGAGACCAUAACCUUAACCAGCGGGGUUUUUAAAAAAUGUAUUAUUAAAAAAAAAAAGAAAAUCAAGAAUAUCAAGAGUUUCGUUCAUUGUUGGUUAUGACAAAUGCUUUGAGGACUUGUGUCUUGUUUAUUUCUUUCUUUCUUUUUUAUUUGAAGAUGACUUAAACUUCCUUUCUCUUCUUGUUGUCUCCCUUUGCAUUGCUGAAAUAUCAAAGCCGAUGGAAGCAUAAGAAGUAAACCAAUUUGGUGUAUGUAUAACUUGUAAAUGUUAAAGAAGUUCUAUUCAAAGGUUUAUAAUAAAUGUUUUAUGUUGGACUACAGGAAGCACAACAUACAGUUUAAGGUCUCAACAAUAUAAUAUUCCUUUAUAUUUCUCAACACAUGGGGGGCCUACUCUCACGGAUUCAGGCUUUUCAACACUCAAGUCCAUGUUUGACAGGAAAUUUUGUCCAUUUUCUACUUAUAUUGUUCAUAUUUAUCACGCAGACGCAGCUCUCGAGAGUAUAAAUGCAGAUGUGGUUCAACAUAUGUAGCCUCUUCAGUAAAAGCCUGGAUUAGUGUGAGUAGGGUGUGUCUGUGUGUGAGCAUAAAGCUGUGUACAAUAGUUGUUAUAAGAAACUGAAACAUGUAAAGAAGAUAAAUAUGCUAUAAGCGAAACAGAGCGGGAUGACGAGCAUUUCAGGGCAUCCAUACAAUAAUGUUUUGGUCUGUAUGAUAUUAUCAGAGAAAUAUGCGUAUCAAAGAUUUUAUCCAUAAAUUUAUGUUUUGUUAGUUUUUUUAUGAUAAUUUUUAUCAUUUUCAUUUCAAUUUUCAGAUCACACUGAAUGUAUAUGAAGUUCUUGGGUGUUUUUUAACCUUACACUCUGACUAGAUGUAAUGUUUUACUAAAUCACAUGUUUUUCUGUGUGCUUUUGAUGAUGCAGACUUUCAGCUUUUUCUAGUUCUUUUGACAUGCAUAAAGCAUAAAAGAUUUGUCUGAGUCAGACUUUGAAGCAGUUUCCAAAACUACAAGCCCCCAGAAAACAACCAUUUGCUCGCUGCUGUAUCCCUCUGAGGUAUGGCAGAUAACAAAAAGUACCAAAGUACCCCUACAGUCACUGUUCUUGGUAUUGAUAUGAGUUUAUUAAAAUGUUUGCUUUGAUACCCCUUGGCAAUAGAUCAGAUCGACCCAUAAUAGCCGCAACAGCCCGUAAAUACAUGAAUGCUUCAGCCUUUGAAUAAAAGAUUACUUUAAGUAAAGCUGUUUUAAGUGAAAAGAUUUUACAUUUUGGGAAACAGUUUUUUAGUGAUACCAGGUUGUAUAAUGCUACAGCCAGGAGCCACCUACAGUAGCAUAGCCUAUGACUGGAACAAGAGAAAACAGCUGGAGUUUGUCCAACAUCCACAAAAUAUGCCAGCCAGCUCCUCCAAAACAUGCAUUAUAUCUUGUCUGUUUAUUCCUUAAUAAAAUAAAGUGUUUAAAUUCUG